CAAUGAGGUGGGAUGCUUUGUCCGUACCGAGACAACUCAACAAGGUACAACAAAAGACACAGGAAUUAAAGAUCACAAGAAAGACGAUAAAGAACACACAGAAUGGAUGAUGAAACUCAGCAUUUCAGUGGCUGUAUUUUCUCUGCUUGUAGUUGCUGUUAUUUCAAUUUCAAAAUGUUGCAGCAAGAUACUGGAAAGAAAAGAAGGUAUAAUUUCAACAAUGUCGAAACAAUGCAAAGAAACGUCAUGUGUAAGGAAGACAAACAUCUACGGAACAUAUGGGAGAAAGAAUGAUGAGGAUGAAUAUGAGUUUGAUAGUGACCGCUUAGAAGAAGACGAAGAUACUUAUGCAGUGAUUCGUGAUUCGCAGGUUGUAUUUCAAACUACAGUUGAAAUGGAUGGUCAGUGUGAUGAAUAUAACAAUUAUUUCACAAGUGGUUACAACCAUCUCAACUUGAUAGGGAUUUCCAAGACCCCAUCGAAUUAAAAGGAUAAAAAGUACAAUUAUGCUCGUGAUGUUCACUUCCUUCCAAGAUAAAUACGUUUAAUUUAUAAACUGAACUUCAAAAGAAAUGCAACAAUCCCAGCAAAGCUACAAUUUUCGUUCCUCCGAAGAAUGCUAACAUUUAUCGUUAAAAUUUAAAUGUCAACUAAAAAUUACUGAACUUAACAUGUCUUACUUAAUUCUAAAGCUAUCGGUGUCAGACAGGUUUUAAACAUUUUGUAGGAUUUUUCCCAUUCGAUCGGAAUUUGUUUACUCAAAAUAUUUGCCAAUUUACUCAGUUAAAAGUUGUUCUACAAUAAAUAGAUCAUCAAACAAUCAUAAAAGAUUAAUUUCAAAGUUUUGAAGUUUUAAAAUCAUUUAUAGUGCGUGUGACGUUUUAUUUAGUGUAGAGUUGGGUUUCUUUUGACAAAAGUUCUGCUGUCCUGCCAGUUUGUUUUUGGGGUGAUGCUAUUUUUUUCAACUUAAUUAAGAGGUGCUCCUCAUCAAGCCAAAUAUUGACUCACUAUAUUCCACUUACUUUCCGAUUACAUUAGUUAAGAAUUUCCUUGCAAAUUCUCUUUUUAUUUAAAUAUGGGAUGGACACCUCUGGGAUCUUAAUAUUUGGUCUCUGUGAAAUCUAGUAGAUAUUCAUCGAAUCAAAUGGUUCCCUGAUAUUAUCUGUGUUUUCUUUACUUUAUUUUCGGUUAAUAAACCAUUUAAAUUGAAAACGUCAUUAAGUCAAAAAUCUAUGUCCCAUCUUCAACCAAAUCAAAAAAAUCGAAACUUUCUUCACCAUCUUUAUAUUUUUUUUUUUGGG